UAUGGUUCGAUGUAAUUCGAGGUCUGCGAAUGAGAGAGAGAAAAAAAAUGAAAUGUUUAUGGGGUAUAUAAAUGUGGAUUUUUUGGACAAAAUUUUCAUUCAUUCAAAUCGACAAAUACUUCAAACACACACACACACACACACGAGCACAAAAAGUGAACAAAUAAAAAAAAAGACUAAUAAUCAACUUUGUUUUCUCUUUUACAAUCUCCAAUGCCAAUUUAGAUCUGAACAAAAAAAAAAAAAAAAUUCAUCAUCUUUAUCAUCAAAUUUUUUUUUCAAUUAUCAAAUCUCGAAAAAAAAUCAACAAUUUCACAUCCACCAUAAUAAUAAAAAAUGCUUGAAUUAAUACAAUCAUUAAUGAAUACGGUGACUACCGGUGUAUCACCACCACCACCACCAUCAUCAUCAUCAUCAUCAUCAUCAUCAUCAUCAUCAUCAUCAUCAUCAUCUGAUGUUUGGAGUCUUGCCAAAUCAAGCAUAUGGCCAUUGGAUCAAACAAAAUCAGCAAUCAAAUCAAAACAAUCAUCGAAUGAUGAAAAAUAUUCAAAUCUACCUGAAUAUACAUUAGCUCAAGUAUCAGAACAUUGGCAAACAAAUGAUUGUUGGGUAGUCGUUGAAGAUCUUGUUUAUGAUAUAACCGAAUUUUUAGAUGAACAUCCCGGUGGACAAUAUAUUGUUAUGGAACAUGCUGGACGUGAUGCUACAUUAGUAUUUCGUGGUAGUCGUCAUAGUCAAGAUGCAUAUGAUAUGCUUGAUAAAUAUCUUAUUGGAAUACUAAUUGAGAAUGAACGUGUUUAUUGGAGCCGUAGCCGUUCGAAUACGAAUGAUAGUAACAGUAGUAGUAUAUAUGGAAGUUCACCACAACCUUCAAAAGGUUUAUAGCCCAUAAAAACGAUGGACGAAUAAUAAAUUAUUUGUAUUCACUAUACAACAAUCGUGCUAUUAUUAUUAUCAUUCAGGUUCGAAUUAAAAUCAUCAAACAUCAUCAUGUCAAAUAUUCAACAUUAUCAU